UCCAGUGUCGGCCUCCCCUGGAAGCACCAGACAGGUUCAUCUCCCGGGCUGGUGAAGGUGCUUGGUUUUUGGUCAGGUACACAGACCUACGGUCACGCCAACCUCCUACAGCCCUGUGAAGGUAUGCUACGCAACUUUGGGACAUUCUGCGGCACCAUUUCCACAGACACCAGGACAUCUGUCAUACAGGGGGUCUAGAAACAUCGUUCAGAAUGACUGAAGGGGGAAUAACGCUGCGGGCUGAACAAAUCGGCUACUACCUGCCAGACUACAAGACGCUCACGAGGCUCUACUGCUUAAACAGCGGACACCAUCUCCGAAUACGUCCGGAUGGAACCGUGGAUGGCGAACAGGAGGAGACCGAUGUACACACUAAGCUGAAGAUCAGAACUGUUGAUGUGGGAGUGGUGGUCAUUGAGGGUGUGGAGGCUGGCUGCUACCUGGCCAUGGACGAACGCGGGCAGGUCUACGGGUCGAAAACAGUAAAUGAAGAAUGCCACUUUCACGAGAAGCUCGAGGAGAAUCACUACAACACUUACCGGGCUCAGAGCUCCGGAGAGGGGGCCUGGUACCUGGGGCUGAAGAAGAGCGGACAGCCCAAACCCGGACCGAAGACGCACAGGUCGCAGAAGGCCGUCUAUUUCCUGCCUCGGAGGAUAGCGGACUGAGGGGAACACAUGAACACUGCGUGAAGAGGAGACCGUCUGUCUGAGCCUGGAGCGGUGAGCCCAGAGACGUCAAGCUUUAGCAGUGAAAUGUCUGGUGCCAAAUCAACUUCCACAGAGCACAGGCAUGUCCCAUUGGGGCCAUAUGUACUCUAGGAGUUGAUUUAACACUGAACACUUUACUGUGUCAGGGAACGGAUAUCAAGAAAUGUUACCGGGGAUGUCGUUAUUCUCUCAGGGGGAUAUCGAAAAUUGUUACAGGGGUGUUGUGAGGGGAGUCUGCUACACGCAGAAUAUUCCACAUUCUGUUAGUAUUAAUGAUGGAUUAUAUCUCCCACUGCAGUCCAGAGAAGUGCAGCUUUAACCCUUUAAGGUGUGAGACCACAAGUAUGUGAUUAGAAUGUGAUUAGAAUGUUCUUAGAAUGUUAAUUCUAAUGCUGAUGUCACAAUCACUACUGGUGACUGAAAGCAAGUUCUAGAACACUGACAUAGAAUUCAAAGGGAAUUCAAGGAGUGGUGCUCAUGUGAAUGUGACCGAGGACAAUAUGUUCUUAUUUGUAGAAACUGCAACUUUUCCGAGAUUGUAGACUAACAUUUAUUAUGUAAUUAUGCAGAUAUUUCCUAAUUCACAAGGUUGUCAUUAGUUUUAGUGAAGUAGCUUACCUUGGACAACAUGCAUUACUGAGGGAUAUUUGUCUCAAAGGGAAUACAUGGAGUGUGUAUGCCGUCAUUUUGCGUUCAUUGUCAAUGCGCAUUAACCACUAACACAAUAAUACGUUUAUUAUUGAACCAAAUAUUUCUGAAAAUAGUUAUUGAGUAACGAGUUUUAAACUGUAUAUUAUAAUGAAUUGUAAAGAAAUUACUGUUUGCUAUUGUAAAUAUACUGUAUAUUCAAAACCCUUUUAUGUUAAAUAAACUUUUUCCUCAUAUGA